CACAAAUUUUAUUUAUAAAUUUAUGUGUGCUAAUCGUUAUUAUAGAAUGAAACAUGUCUAUAAGUUUUUCGAUCCAUUGACAUCUUACUUAUUUUUUUAAACAUGUCAGAACUAAUUAUCCAAGAACCGAUAACGGAUGAUCCAGAUAUGGAUAAAGAGAUUUUGGCAAUGCCUACUCAGGAUGUAAUAACACGCACCAGAUUGUUGGAAGGAGAAAUAAGAAUUAUGAGAAGUGAGAUUACAAGGUUAACUCAUGAAAUGCAGAACCAAAAGGAAAAGAUAAAGGAAAACGCCGAAAAGAUUAAAGUAAGCAAAACCCUACCCUACUUGGUGAGUAAUGUUGUCGAGCUUUUGGAUGUGGACCCUAACAGAGAUGCCGAUGAAUUUGCCGAGGACUUGAUGGAGCAAGAAGGCGCAAAUGUUGAUCUCGACGCUCAAAGGAAGGGCAAAUGUGCAGUCAUUAAAACUUCGACCAGGCAGACUUACUUUUUACCAAUAGUUGGAUUGGUAGAUGUGGAAAAAUUGACCCCUGGGGAUUUGGUGGGUGUCAACAAGGAUAGCUAUCUUAUCUUAGAAACUCUACCACCUGAGUAUGAUUCUAGGGUAAAAGCUAUGGAGGUAGAUGAAAGACCUACGGAACAGUAUGGAGACAUUGGCGGGCUAGAAAAACAGAUUCAGGAGUUGAUCGAGGCCAUUGUGUUACCAGUUACUCACAAGGAUAGGUUCGAUAAGUUAGGUAUUCAGCCACCCAAGGGUGUUUUGCUAUAUGGACCCCCUGGGACUGGUAAGACGCUACUUGCUAGAGCCUGUGCUGCUCAGUCAAAAUCAACUUUUUUAAAGUUGGCUGGACCUCAAUUGGUGCAGAUGUUUAUUGGUGACGGUGCAAAGUUGGUUAGGGAUGCAUUUGCUUUGGCUAAAGAAAAAGCUCCGACUACCAUAUUUAUUGAUGAACUUGAUGCUAUAGGCACUAAACGAUUUGACAGUGAAAGGGCUGGCGACAGGGAAGUCCAACGUACUAUGUUAGAAUUACUUAAUCAAUUGGAUGGUUUCAGUUCUUCUUCAGACGUUAAGGUGAUAGCAGCUACCAACAGGGUUGACAUUUUAGACCCUGCUCUUUUAAGAUCUGGCCGUUUAGACAGGAAAAUUGAGUUCCCCAUGCCUACAGAAGAGGCCAGGACACGUAUAAUGCAAAUCCACUCACGUAAAAUGAACGUUCAAAACGAGGUCAAUUUCGAGGAGCUAGCCAGAUGUACGGAUGAUUUUAAUGGUGCACAAUGUAAAGCAGUAUGCAUCGAAGCUGGUAUGAUAGCUUUAAGAAGGGGUGCCACUGAACUAAUUCACGAAGAUUUUAUGGAUGCUAUAAUAGAGGUUCAAGCUAAAAAGAAGACUAAUCUUAAUUAUUACGCUUAAAAUGUUUAUAUAUUUACUACUUUUGCAUUAUAUUAAUUUUUAAUCG